AUGAUGAGAAAAAGGUGGGGCAGGCUUCCUCUUGCAAAUAUUGACAGAUCACUUCCACAGUGUGGUAUGCUUAAAUUCUCUUGGUACUGCCUUUUUAGCAUAUUUUCUUCUGUUUAGUCAAAUCUUUUUGUAAAAAGGGGGAAACUUUGUUAAUUUAUCAUGGCAACAGAUGUAUAGUAAGAGUUUUCCAUAUGAAAGAUUAAAGUUUAUCCAACCUACUGGACUUUAUAGAGAAUUUCCUUGACAGUGGAUCAUGUGUAGCAUCUAAGUGCUGCUUGCAAUAAUGUCCUAAGGUACAUUGUUUGCUUUUGAAUACUUUUUUUUUGUUUGCUCAUAUUCAUUUUAUCGUAUAAGUAUCUGUUACUAUGUGUUUUGAAGAAGCUUUUAGACAUAAUUUAUCUUUAAAGUUGUUAUUGUAAAAUAGUCCACUCUCCACUGCCAUGGUGUGAGCUCAGCAAGACUAAUGUACCCUUUAGUAUCUGGGGUUACUCAAGAUUAUGUUCAAGAACUUUAAUAAGGAAUUCCUCGUUAUCCUGGACCAUACCCACCUAUGAUUCGCCCUGGCUUUCCUCCUCGUCCGCUGCCUCCAAUGGGUGUGAUUCCACAAAUUCUUCGACCUCCUAUUCCUGGAAUUCGUGGUCCUCCUGUGGUUUCUCCAGUUGUCAGGCCUGUUGUUCCUGCUGUUGCAACUGAGAAACCACAAACAACAGUGUAUGUUAGCAAGAUAGCUCCAACUGUUGAUAAUGAUUUUCUCCUCUCUCUUCUUCGACUUUGUGGACCAGUGAAGAGUUGGAAACGUGCUCAAAAUCCCUCUGAUGGCUCUCCUACAAGUUUUGGCUUUUGUGAAUUUGAAGCUGCUGAAGGAAUUCUUCGAGCUCUACGUCUGCUAACUAAGUUGAACAUUGAUGGACAAGAGCUGGGGUUAAAAAUCAACCAAGCAACCCGGGAAUAUCUUGAACGUUAUGUUCAAAAGAAGACUGAACAAGAAAAGCUCAAGGCCACUGAAAAUCAAGCUCCUGAGAAAGAGAAUGAAGGUGCACCAGGUGUUGAGAAACAAGAACUUCAAAAGCCAGCUGUAGAAGGUAGAUCAGAGGAGCCAGAUGAUUCCGGGGAUAAAGAGAAUCAAGAACACCAGACGUUUGGAAUUGUUACAGAUGAAGAUCGUGAGGCUGAUAAAGAUGCUUCAGAGAAGAUUACAAGUAAGAUAGAAGAGAGGUUAAAGACAAAACCUCUGCCUCCUCCCCCACCUGUUCGGCCUCCAGUUGAUGCAUCUGUUAAAUCAAAUUCUGAGGUUCCUUCUAAAUCAAGGGAAGUGGAUUCUGAGGUGGAUAUCGUGAGAAGUGAUGUAGCUGAAGAUAAAAACGAUGAUGAAACCACUAGUGAGGCCAAGGCUUCCAGUGAACAUGACAAGGUUGAAACAAGCUCUCCUGAUAGGGGAAGGAGGCAUGAUAGAAGUAGCAGAGAAAGAGACAGGGAACAUGAUUUGAAACGGGAGAAAGAACGGGAAUUAGAGAGGUACGAGCGCGAGCGAGAGCGAGAGAGAGUUAGGAGGGAGAAAGAAAGGGACUUGAAAAUAAGAGAAGCUGAGAGGCUAUAUAAUAACCGUUUGAAGGAUUGGGAAGCUAGGGAGAGGGAGAAAGAACACCGACGUCAGAAAGAGAAGGAGAGGGAGAAAGAUAGGCAACGAGAACGUCGUAGAGAGAUUUCAAAAGAUGAAGAUGGGAGUGACGAUGAUGAAGAUGAUACAAGGAAAAGGAGGCGCAGGAGUACAACACUUGAGGAGAAGAGGAGAAAGAGACAACGGGAGAAGGAGGAUGACUUGGCUGACAGAUUAAAAGAAGAGGAAGAGAUUGCUGAAGCAAAGAAGAGGGCAAUCGAAGAGCAAAGGCGGAUGGAGGAAACAAAAGCUCUUCCUGACCAAGUGAAUGAGGACAGAGAAGCUACUGAAAUGCAAGUGGAUGCUAUGGUUAUUGAUGGUAAGGAAGCGCCUGUUGCUGAGCAUGUUUAUGAUGGUGUUUCUGGUAGUGGCAAUGGUGAAGCAACAUAUGAAAACAGCAUCGGUGGUGAACUAACUGCAGGAUCGGCUGCACUAACGGAUAUGAAGCAGAACAAUGAUGUUCCUGCUAGAAAACUGGGUUUUGGUCUAAUGGGUUCAGGAAAAAGGACAACUGUUCCAUCAGUUUUCCGUGAGGAAGAUGAGAAUGUUGAAGAGAAGAAAAUGAGACCCUUGGUACCUAUAGAUUACUCCACUGAGGAAUUACAGGCUGUACAGUCAAGUGUUUCCUCUACACCACCAAAUCUGGUGGCUGCUGCUGAAUUUGCAAAGCGUAUCUCGGGUGAGAACUCUAAAGAAGAGAAGCCUGAAAUGGAAAGAAAUAGAAAUGGUCGGUCUAAUGACAGAUCAAGCCACAAAGAGCGAGUCCGGAAUGAGGAUGAGAAUGCUCGUCACAGGAAUGAUAACAAGGAGAAGACGCGUGAUAGAAGUUAUGAAAGGGAAAGGGAGAGGGAAGAUAAGCCAAAAUCAGAAAACAAAAAGCUUUUGGAUGCAAAACAAUUGAUUGACAUGAUUCCGAAGACCAAGGAAGAGCUCUUUGCCUAUGAAAUUAAUUGGGAUGUUUAUGAUAAGCACGAAUUGCAUGAGAAAAUGAGACCAUGGAUCUCAAAGAAGAUUACUGAAUUUCUUGGAGAGGAGGAGGAAACACUGGUGGACUAUAUUGUUUCAAGUACCAAAGAGCAUGUUCAAGCAUCAAAAAUGCUGAAUCUGCUGAAGUCCAUCUUGGACGAUGAGGCAGAAAUGUUUGUUCUCAAGAUGUGGAGGAUGCUAAUAUUUGAAAUUAAGAGAGUUGAAACAGGAAUCUCUGUUAAACCAAGGGCCUGAGAAUGAAGUUUCAUUUAUGAGAAAGAGGUUUCAUUUCUUCAUUCUCUCUUCAGAGAGUAUGCUACCUUACCUUCUCCUUUAUAUUUCAGAAAUGAGACUAAGAAACAACAGCAGCCACUAUUUUUCUUAUGUAUGCGGUGCAAGUCCUUUUGUAGGAGACUUGUACCAAACUUCAUGUCCAAUUGACCAAAAUGUGCCUGCUCUUUGAUUCUUUGCGGAAAGGCUUGUCUGGAUUUGGGAAGUCAAUCGCUUGUGGUGCCAAAACAGGACUGUCCAUCAUUUUGUAUUGUGAGUGGAUAAAGUCAUUCUGCUAGGUAUGCUGUUAAACACCAGAAAUCUUUUGUUAGUAAUAUUUGACCUUGUUAGUAAUAUUUACAUUUUACUGGAUUUGAAUAAUUGUGUAACUAAUAUGCCUGAUAAUGCAUUAUCAUGAUAUAUCUAAAAGGUCAAUGUUUUAACA